ACUCCGAGCCGUUCCUCGCGUCUUCUCUUUUUGAAACCGAAAGCUAGUGAGAGAUUCCUCCCCGCUGCUUCUCUCCCGUUUUCUUGGUCGUCCCCCCGCCCCAAAAAGAUCCCCUUGAUUAGUCCCCCCCCCCCAAAAAAGAGAAAAAAAAAAUCCCCUUGAUUCCGAGCCAAUCCUUCCUCUCCAAUGGCGAUUCGAGGGGGAAUCUCAGGUCUCUUCGACUUCUCCUCCUCCGAUUGAGGUUUUCUUGGUGCUUGGUUGGUUCUUGAUGGGGUCCCUGGUUGCAGGAGGAACAGAGAUAUAGGGUUAGGGUUGAGGGGGUUCCGGUUCUUGAGAGGUUGAUUGAGCCGUCCAUGGGGUUGCUCUUCGUGGAGUCGCUGCCUGGGCCGAAGGUUUUCAAGUGCAAGUUCUGCAAGGUUGAUUCGGCCUCGCACGAUGCCAUCAUCUCGAAGGACUUCCACGGGCGGUUUGGCCGGGCAUAUCUUUUCAAGAGCGUGGUGAACAUUUCCCUGGGCCCCAAUGAGGAUCGCCACCUCUUGACUGGAUUACACACUGUGAAUGACAUCUACUGUAGCUGCUGCCAACAAAUUCUGGGUUGGAGAUAUGUAAAAAAUUAUGUACGCUGCAGGAGAAGGCAUAUGAGGAGAGUCAGAAGUACAAAGAAGGGAAGUACAUUCUAGAGAAAGCUAGGAUGUUGAAGGAGGGCUGGUGAUGCAUGAAUGGACUGGACUAGGAGAACCAACCUAGUGGUGUAUCUAUCUGCUUAAUGGUAGAAAAUCCUGGCUGGGACUGUCAAAAAAUGAGUCCAGUCAUAGACAGCUUGGAACUGAUUGUUAUAUGAGGAUGUGAAAGUCAAAACAUUCUUGCAGACUAUGAAAUAAGAAAAAAAACCAAUUUUUUUGAUUAAUUGGCCAAUUGUUAUUGUCGUAUUCAUUUGGUUUAGUUGCACCAUGUGGUAGGGUUAGUUAAUCCUGGAGUUAUCUGAUAUCUGGUGUGAAUAAUUAUUUCUGAAUUAUCAUAUUCAUAUUGUUUUCUCGGA